GUAUUUACGUGGCCUAAGUGAGUAGCCGAAGUGUAGAACAAGAAGAGGGAAAAACACAGACACACAGAUAUGAAAACGGAACCGAGAAUGAGCGACGAAAAAUCCGCCGAGAAUUUCUCCGAUGAUUCCGGGGACCGUAAGACAGGAGAUGGACGAGAACAAGCUUUGUUGGCGCUGAUUAAGUAUCGUACUGAAGAAGUUGAGCGGAACAAGUGGCGUGUCAGUCAUUACACUGCUGAGCUUGAGCUGUCACAAAAGAGGCUAGAGGAGUCCAAAAAUCAGCUAUCUGGCCUUCGGGGUCAACACUAUAUCCCUGCGUCCAGAGAGAACUCUGAUCUUAGUACGCUAAAAGUUGAAGAGGAAUCUAGUCCUUCCAGAUAUUGUCCGCGGUCUCCUGGAAAUCAAUUUAUGUCAAUAUCGGUACCAGAGGAAGAAAGUAUCAGGUCAUCUAAAAAAGCUCAGCUUGAGCUGUCACAAAAGAGGCUAGAGGAGUCCAAAAAUCAGCUAUCUGGCCUUCGGGGUCAACACUAUAUCCCUGCGUCCAGAGAGAACUCUGAUCUUAGUACGCUAAAAGUUGAAGAGGAAUCUAGUCCUCCCGGAUAUUGUCCGCGGUCUCCUGGAAAUCAAUUUAUGUCAAUAUCGGUACCAGAGGAAGAAAGUAUCAGGUCGUCUAAAAAAGCUCAGGUAAAUCUAAGAGGAGCAUCUAGUGGCACUGUCCUUCAGAGUAGUGGAACAUCUUCUCAAAACAAGGCUAAGCUUAGGCCAGAAGUUGUUGUACCUGCUCCAAAUCCUGUAGUUCCUCAAUCAAGCAAGUCUCAUAUGGGCACUAAAUCUUCAGAUGGUUCAGGUUCUACUCCUACUCAUGCCAACUGUACUGUUAAGGUAUCUGGAGCGAAGCCUAGUAAGAUCUCUUCUGGGAAGGAACUUCUCAACAUACAGGCUAAAGGAACCAAGAGGAAGUUUGUGGAAAAAGAGCAUAAAGACUUAAUUACACAGAUUGCUGGCAGCUCCUCAGUUCGCAAGUUACAGUGCCAGACAAGUUGUAUUUUACCCAGUCAGCAUAAGAGAAAGUUGAGGAGUCUGGCUUUAUGUCCAACAAACGAUCAGCUUUUUGUGACCAGUGCUUUGGAUGGAGUCAUUAACUUGUGGCAAUUGCAAGCUAAAAGAUCUAGUGCCAAUUGUUUAAGUAGCACUGAUUGUUUAUCCGUCAAGCAAAGGAGAUGGCCGGAAGAUAUUGCUUGGCAUCCCGAGGGGAACGGCCUAAUUUCUGUGUUUGGUGCGGAUGGUGGAGACUCACAGGUCGCAGUCUUGGAUUUGAACAAAGGGAAAGAGAAUGGUCGUGUUCACUUUCUGGAGGAUAAGCCACAUACUAAAGGCAUCAUAAACAACAUAGUAUUUAUGCCAUGGGAAGAUACCUGCUUUGUUACGGCAGGUAGUGAUCAUGCUGUAGUCCUUUGGACUGAAAAUGAUGGGAUUAAAGACUGGAAUCAUAAAACAUUGCAUAGGAAUCAGCAUACCAGCGCUGUUAUGGGAGUUGCUGGGUUGCAGCAUAAGAAGGUUGUACUUUCUGCUGGCGCUGACAAGCGGAUCACAGGGUUUGACGUGGGAGCUGGUAGAGCUGACUACAAGCAUCAAAUAGACAGUAAAUGCAUGAGUAUUGUGCCAAACCCGUGUGAUUAUAAUCUCUACAUGAUUCAGACUGGGACUAUAGGAGAACAACUUCGCUUAUGUGAUUAUAGGGUGAGACAAACGGAACUCCACACAUUUGGCUGGGAACAAGAAAGUAGUGAAUCGCAGUCAGCCUUGAUAAAUCAAGCUUGGUCCCCUGAUGGUCUGUACAUUACUUCUGGUUCAGUGGACCCUAUGAUUCACAUUUUCGAUAUUAGGUAUAAUGCUAGAAAGCCGACUCAGUCAGUAAGAGCCCAUCAGAAGCGAGUAUUUAAAGCCGUAUGGCACAGUACCUACCCUCUCCUGAUAUCAAUUUCUUCCGAUUUAAACAUUGGAUUGCACAAGAUCACAUAGUGCGGCAACCUGUGCUCUUUUGUUUUGUAUAAGUCUCUGCAAGAUUUCUAAAUCUAGGAAUUGAUGUAGCUGAGCUCACCAAACUUACAAAAGAAUUUCUUUUUCUGUUGCUAAACUUGCAAAAGUUUUUUUUUUGUGAAGUAUUGACCUGGUACAGUAGUACCUAGUACACAACUAUAGAUUUAUGAAAUACAUCAAUGUCAGUUUCGUGA